GACCCUGAAACUGUGGCUGCUAUCGAACCAAUUAAAAAAGAGAUGGACGUACUCGGUUCUGUGAUUCAGGGCGAAACAAGAGUUGAAUUAAGAAAGUCGACAUGCAGCGCCGGCGAGUGCAAUUUGGGUAAUUUCUUCUGCGACGCAAUGAUACACGCUUUUACUGGCUUAACUCCAUACUCGGAGAGUCCUUGGACAAAUGUUUCAAUUGGCCUUGUAAAUACAGGUGCUUUGCGGGUACCAAUUUACAGAGGAAAUAUUUCAUACGCUCACUUAGUGACGAUGUCGCCCUUUGAGAAUAGACUCGCUGCAUUUAAUCUACCAGGCCAUAAACUCUUAGAAGCUUUGGAAUUCAGUGUUAACCCAAUUGAUUUGGAAGGUGGAGUCACUAGCUCCUCAAUAUUUCUGCAAGUUGCCGGUCUAAAAAUAACCUACAAUUUUACGAAUGCAGUGGGUCAACGAGUGGUCGAUGUUAAAGUGCGUUGCGCCGAUUGUGAAAUUCCAGUCUACGAUGAUUUGGACUCAACGAAAAUUUAUCGCAUCGUGGCCCCAGAUUUCCUCGCAGAAGGAGGAGGCGGGUUUACAAUGUUAAGAGAUUAUGGCUCUGACUGGCAGAAAGAGAUGACUGACUUGGAUGCCUUAUUGUCAUAUACAAAUCAAAUAACUCCAAUUUAUACAGGAAACGAGAAACGUAUAAUGGUGUUAUGAAACAUCCGCAAAUCGAUUACAC